AUGCGUGCGGUUGCCCUCGUCGGCGCGUUGAACAUCACCAUCAUCGAUGUGUCCAAGCCGACCAUCAUAAAUUCAUCCACUAUUCAUGAUGAUCUCUUCAUGUCCGACAUUCUCACAACAGGCUGGGCAGCGCUUGACUUUGCCGGUCAGGGACCCGGAGAUACGGAUACAAUUUUCGGUGCCGGUCCCGUAGAACAAAUGACUAUCCUUUCUGCCGCAGUGCGCGGCGCGUCCAGGAUCUACGUCGUAGACCACCUUCAAGGCCGCCUGGACCUGGCCGCCGCCCAUGGUGCCAUUCCAGUCAAUUUUGCAUUGGAGGGCUCGAUGGAGGCACUACGCCGGUUCGAACCGGCUGGGGUUACGCGCGUCGCUGACUGUGUUGGUUACGAGGCCGAAGAUGCGGGGGGUAAUAUAAACAGUAGCAUUGUGCUGCACCAGGCUGGACAGGUAGUGGCGCCUCAGGGCGGUAUUGGCGUCGUCGGAGUCUAUGGGAGCGGAAACCAAGCGCAGUCGAUUGACAUCAAGCCUCUUUUCAUGAAUGAUUUCUCAGCGCGUGGAAGCGUCUCAUCGCCGCUGAGCCUUGGCACUCAGAUGCUCAACCUCAUUGUCACCGGUAAAUUGCGCCCAGGGUCCAUCGUGAGCGCCGUUAUCGGAAUUGAGGAAGCGCCCGAGUACUACGCGCGGUUCGACCGUCGCGAGGAAACGAAAGUAGUCAUUGAAUUUCCUUUUGAAAAGCAAUUCUAUGUGGACAGUCAUCUGAAAGGCACGAAGUCUCCCAUACUUAUCGCUGUCGGGGUUUCUGAAGUUAAAGGAAGUUGA